UACGGUAAAUUUUGAUCUUGAAGGCAGUCGUCCUUCCUUAUUUCGGACCAAUUGCUAAAUUAUAACAUGGGGAAGCCCGCCGGAAAGAAGAAGGAUCUCUCGGACCACAAGGCUACAAAUGCAAACGGCAAGAGUGGCAAGCUCUCUGAGCGAACCCCCAAAGCUAUUGUUGAUGAAGACACAGCUAUGUUUAUCAACAUGUCUCAUGAGCUCAAGGAAGAAGGUAACAAACUCUCUCAAAAGAAGGAUCACGAAGGCGCUAUAUUGAAGUAUGAGAAGGCCCUCAAACUCCUUCCAAAAAACCACGUAGAAAUUGCGCUCCUCCGAAGCAGUAUGGCUUGGUGUUAUAUGCAAAUGGGUCUGGGGGAGUACCCCAAAGCAAUCAAUGAAUGUAACUUGGCACUAGAAGUAUCACCCAGGUACAGCAAAGCUCUGUUGAGAAGAGCAAAGUGCUAUGAAGAGUUGAACCGUUUGGAUUUGGCUUUGAGAGAUGUUAGUAAUGUUUUGAGUUGGGAACCCAAUAACCUUACUGCAUUGGAGAUCCUGGAGAGUUUGAAAAAGACAGUCGAGGAGAAGGGCCUCAACAUUGAUGAGCAAACGAUUGGUUUGACUAGUCCUGGUUCUCGCUUGCGUAAUGUGGUCAGAGAGAAACUAAAGAAAAAGAAAAAAAAGAGAGAGACAGACAAGGCAGAGGAUAAGGUUGUUGUUGAGGAGAAUCUAAGUGCUGCAAAAACUGAAGAAGUGGUGACAAAAACAAUUGAUAAGGAAAAACUGAUUGUGGAACCUGUCAAGGAAGAAACAAAGGUAACAAGGACGGCCAAGUUGGUCUAUGGAGAGGAUAUAAGGUGGGCACAGUUGCCUGUGAAUUGUAGUCUGAAAUUGGUAAGGGAUAUUAUUAGGGAUCGCUUUCCUGGCUUGAAAGGUGUUCUUGUGAAAUAUAAAGAUCAAGAUGGUGACUUGGUCACAAUCACUACCACUGAGGAACUAAGGCUAGCUGAAUCUUCCGGUCAUGUGCUAGGCUCGAUUCGACUCCAUAUCACAGAAGUUGAUCCAAGCCAGGAACCACCUUAUGAAGAACUAACCGGUGAAAAACAGGUGCGAACAGAUGAUGCUAUCAAGCGGAAUUGUCCUACGGAAGAAGGCAAAGAUAUUGUAACAAAAAGGACGACCACUGUGGAGGAGUGGAUUGUUCAAUUCGCAAGGCUGUUUAAGAAUCAUGUUGGGUUUGAUUCUGAUGGAUAUUUGGAUCUUCAUGAGAUAGGAAUGACGCUGUAUACAGAAGCAAUGGAGGAUAGUAUAAUAUGUGAUGAAGCUCAAGAACUUUUUGAUAUUUCUAUAGAUAAAUUUCAAGAGAUGGCUGCUUUAGCAAUGUUUAACUGGGGGAAUGUUCACAUGUCCAAGGCGAGGAAGCGUGCUUCCAUUUCAGAGGACGCGUCAAGAGAAUCUUCUUUCGAGAAUAUUAAAGCCGCAUAUGAGUGGGCACAAAAGCAAUACAAGCUAGCAGAAAGGAGGUACGAAGAAGCUGUGAAAAUCAAACCAGACUUCUGUGAAGGUUUUCUCGCUCUUGGGCAUCAACAAUUUGAACAAGCAAAGCUGUGCUGGUACUAUGCAAUCGCAUGCAAGAAGGAUCUUGAAUCAGGGCCUUCUGAUGAGGUUUUACAACUCUAUAACAAGGCAGAGGACAGCAUGGAGAAAGGCAUGUUGAUGUGGGAGGAGAUGGAGGAACAGCGCUUAAAUGGACUGUCCAGAUCAGAAAAAUAUAAAGCUCAAUUGGAGAAAAUGGGUUUGGAUAGCAUUUUCAAGGAUGUUUCUUUUGAUGAAGCUACAGAGCACGCUGAUAACAUGAGGUCACAGAUAAAUCUUUUAUGGGGCACUUUAUUGUAUGAACGUUCUGUUGUAGAAUACAAGUUAGGCCUACCCACAUGGGAGGAAUGUUUGGAGGUUUCAGUUGAAAAAUUUGAACUUGCUGGAGCUUCUCAAACUGAUAUUGCAGUUAUGAUAAAAAAUCAUUGUUCCAAUGUCACAGCACUGGAAGGUUGGGGAUUCAAAAUUGAUGAGAUAGUACAGGCGUGGAACGAGAUGUACGAUGCUCAAAGGUGGCAAUUUGGAGUCCCAUCGUUUCGACUUGAACCACUGUUUCGUCGGCGAGCCCCGACACUCCAUUACUUGUUGGAGCAAAUUUGAGCUUUUUAUUUGUUCUUCUUGUGUUUGGGAUUGUCCUGAGGCAUCACUAAUUGCUUCUAGUUUUUGUCCCUCAUCCGAUUUUUCAACAGGUUGCAAUUUUUUUGUGUUAUUGUCGUCCCCGGAGGGUGA